AAAUAAAUAUCAUCCCAGGGGGUCGCAGUCUUCAUCUUCCUCUUCCUCGUCCAAAUCUUCCUGCUGUUUCCCAUAGCUUUCCCUCAUGCUUGCAAGAAGGCUAUCGUACAUCAAUUCCUCCUUUCUCUUCCUCAAACCGGGCACCAACUCCUCUCGCCCAGUCCUCAAACCCCUCGUCCUCCCCGAUCACCAUCUCACCACCAUCGCCGCCCACCCCCGCCCCCCCGAUCUACCCUCCCAACUUGCCCGCUUCUGCUCCCUCUUGAAGCGCAGACGCUAUGCCGCUGCCAAGUCCCUCCUCAAGUCCCUGGCCACCGCCGACGGCCUCGCCCAUCCCUUCCCCUCCCUGGCUCCCUCCGUCGAGGCCUCUUGCCGGGCAGCCGUCGUCCCCUUUGCCGACGCGCUCGACAUGCUCUUCAGGGUGUACUCCGACGCCGGCAUGACCGACAGAGCCCUCGACGCCUUCGAGCUCUUGCUCGGCCGGUUCGGCCGGGUCGAGGAGCGGUCUUGCACCAUUUAUCUCCAGGCGCUGCGGAGGUCUGGCCGCUCCGACUUGGCCCAUCGGUUCCUUCUCCGGAUGCUUGAUUUGGACUCUAUCGAUGUCUCGGCAUACUCAAUGGCGAUCGUCGUGGAUGGAUUAUGCAAGAAUGGAGACAUCAAGAUUGCACGGGAGUUAAUCGACGAAAUGUUCCUUGGAGGACUGAGGCCAAAUGUCAUGUCCUACAAUUCUUUGGUCGAACAUUACGCUAAGAGGAAGGAUUAUGGCUCGACGAAUGACAUACUAGUCUUGAUGGAAGAAAGGGGUGUUGAAGCUAGUGUUGGGACUUACACUAUUCUGGUUGAUGCGUACUCUGAUUCGGGCAAGAUUGACAAAGCCGAGAAAGCAUUUGAGGAAAUGAAGAAAAAGGGUUUGACGGGGGACAUCUAUGCGUACACUUCGAUGAUCAAUGCAAACUGCAGGAUGGGAAACAUAAAGAGAGCACUCGCCCUGUUUGAUGAGUGUGUCGAGCGAGGCCUUCAGCCCACUGACCACACAUAUGGAGCAUUGAUCAAUGGACUUUGCAAGCAUGGACAGAUGCUGGCCGCAGAGAUGCUGAUGGACGAAAUGCAGCACAAGGGAAUCAACCUCAAUCAGAUUAUAUUGAACAUGAUGAUCGAUGGGUACUGCAAGAAAGGGAUGGUGGACAAAGCACUCAACUUUAAAGCUAUCAUGGAGAAGAAAGGAAUUGAGCUCGAUGUGUACACUUAUAACACGAUGGCUUGUGGGCUGUGCAAGUGCAACAAGAUCAGCGAGGCUAAGAAUCUUCUGCAUGUUAUGGUCGAGAGAGGAGUUGUUCCCAACACUGUGAGCUAUACAACAUUGAUAGAUAUACUCUGCAAAGAAGGUGAUAUGGUCGAGGCAAGGAGGCUUUUUAGAGAGAUGGGUAACAAGGGUGCAAACCCUAGUAUCAUAACAUACAAUGUAAUGAUAGUUGGUCAUAGCAAGAAAGGAAGUAUUAGGGAGGCUGAGAGGCUCAAGAAGGAGAUGGAGAUGAAAGGUAUGUUAGCUGAUGUGUACACAUACACUUCACUCAUUCAUGGGCUCUGCAUCAACCGGAAGCUUGAUGAUGCAAUGAACUUGCUUAUGGAGAUGAAGAAAAGGAAUGUGCAGGCCAAUGCUGUGACAUAUACUGCACUGAUCUCAGGGUUGUCUAAAGAAGGGAGGUCGGAUGAGGCAUUUAGGUUGUAUGAUGAGAUGCUGGGGGCAGGAAUUACUCCAGAUGAUCCAGUCUAUUCUUCUCUUGUAAGCAGCCUCCAUAAUGCAAAGGAAGGUGAAGCUUUGGUUGACAGAAAUCUGGUGCAUAGGGCUGAAAAUAGCACUAUUAGAAGCCAGAACAUAGGGUGAUGCUUUUAUCAAGAUAUCUAAAUCCCAACAGAUAUGGUAUAUGCACAAGUCUAUCAUGCUUGUGUUGGAUUGACGAGUCUGAAACCAGUUUAUGCUUGUGUCACCAGACCGAUUGUGUAUGAUCUGAGAAGUUUGAGAAGUCAGUUUACAAGAGGAUAUAUGUAGUGACUCGUGAAUCCAAAAUACAGUGGUCUUUUCUUCUUACAAAUAGCCAUGACUCGAAGACGACAAAUGUCAAGGCUAUGCUUCUUGAGCAGGUUUAACUCAUGGUAUCUGUCCGAAGCAUCUUUACUUCUCUAAUGCGUAAUCAGGCCACGUGAGAGUUGGAAGCAAAAUUCCUUCUAACCUUUAUGAUGAGAAUUUGUUGUUAUCACCAUGGAUGGUCAAGAAUUAAACCACCCAUAUAUCCAUCCUGCAAACUAGAAUGUUUCUUUCAUGGUCCCAUCGGGUAAAAUUUUUCAUGAUUUCUCUUAAAUUUUAAUUUUUUUUUUAUCAAUGAUGUCAUUUCAUCUAAGAUGUAGAUGAUAUAUGAUCUAAUGUAUAUGCUUAAUGCUCUCUUUUA